AUGGGUGUGCAGGACCGGACGAAGAAGGGUGACCAUGCCAAAGGCGGUAAGACGGUGGAGAUGGGCGAAACCGGCGCGUGGCAGGCGGGCGGAUUCGGCAUCGACCCUGACGAACUUUCGCGAAUGUCGCAUCCGGGCGACUUCGCGAAAUUGCAAUCGCUAGGAGGACUAGCGGGGGUGGCGGAGCGGCUGCAGGUGGAUCCAAAGCGGGGCAUCAGCGGCACGGCGGAGGACAUAGCGCGGCGCCAGCUGCACUUCGGCGCCAACACGUACCCCGAGAAGCCCGGCAAGACCUUCUGGUACUUCGUGUGGGAGGCGAUGCAGGACACAUUAGUGCAGAUCCUGUUUGUUUGUGCUAUAGCGUCCAUCGCCGUCAGCAUCCCUGCAGAGGGCUCUCUGGAAGGGCUGUAUGACGGGCUGGGCAUCUUCAUUGCGCUCUUCCUCAUCAUCACCGUCGCUGCGAUAAGCAACUACCGGCAAGCAGUGCAGUUCCAGAAGCUCAACCGCGAGAAGCAGAAGAUUCAAAUCGAGGUUACACGGUCAGGGCGGCGGUGCAAGGUAUGGAUAGACGACCUGGUGGUGGGCGACAUCAUCCACCUCUCCACCGGCGACCAUGUACCAACGGAUGGGGUGGUGAUGGAGGGGCACUCGCUGGCUGUCAACGAGUCCAGCAUUACCGGGGAGUCCGAAAAUAUGCACAAGGACGAGGCCAACCCCUUCGUUCUCGCGGGCUGCACCAUCAUGGAUGGAUUCGGCGAGAUGAUGGUGACAGCAGUGGGCAUGAGGACGGAGUGGGGCAAGGUGCUAACAACCAUCACAGAGGACAGCGACGAGCCCACACCGCUGCAGGUGCGGCUGACCAAGGUGGCAGAGCUGCUGGGCAUCAUGGGCAUCACUGUGGGCGUGCUCAUCUUCCUCAUCCUCAGUAUAAGGUACCUGGUGACGGAUGCAGACUUCAGCAACUUCAAUGCCAGUGACGUCAAUGUGCUGCUUAGCUACUUCACCAUCGCGAUCACGGUGCUGGUCAUUGCAGUGCCAGAGGGCCUCCCCCUCGCAGUCACUCUCACGCUGGCAUUCUCGGUGACCAAGAUGAUGGAGGACAAGUCACUGGUGCGGCAUCUACAGUCGUGUGAGACCAUGGGGUGCGCCACCACCAUCUGCAGUGACAAGACCGGCACGCUCACUCUCAACGAGAUGACAGUGGUGCAGGCGUGGGUGGCAGGCGACUUCCACAAGCCCCACACCGUCCGCACUGGGGUCUCCACACCCGUCGCUCAGCUGCUGUACCAGGCCAUCGCAGUCAACACCAGUGGAUCCGUCGAUGAGCCUCCGGAGCAGGGCAUGCCACCUGUCAUCAGCGGCAGCCCCACAGAAAAGGCCAUCCUCGCCUGGGGAGUCUCGUUCGGCAUGCGAUUCCACGAGACCAAGGACCAGUGCGAGGUGCUGGCAGUGCAGCCCUUCAGCUCCACACGGAAGCGCAUGGGCGUGCUCAUCCGCACCGCUGACUCCCCCUCCACCACCACCACCACUGAUUCCCUCACCACCCCGGGAAGCCUGCGCGUGCACUGGAAGGGCGCAGCAGAGGUGAUCCUGCAGCAGUGCGGACACUACGUCAACUCCCUCGGAAGCAUCGUGCCUCUCACUGAGCCCAAGCGCAUGGAGCUCGAGCGAGCUCUCCGCGACAUGGGCAAGGAAGCCCUGCGCACGCUGGGGUUCGCCUUUCGGGACUUUGACAAGCGCACGGGCGUGGAGGGCAUGCCCAAGAGAGAGGACGGGAGUGUGGGGGUACCAGAGGACGACCUGGUGUAUGUGGGGUUCGUGGGGAUUAAGGACCCGUGCCGGGUGGAGGUGCCGGACUCGGUGCAGCACUGCCAGAACGCGGGCAUUGUGGUGCGCAUGGUGACGGGCGAUAGUGUGGAGACGGCCACGGCUAUUGCCACGGAAUGCGGGAUUCUCACCGCGGGCGGCACUGUCAUGGACGGCGCUCAGUUCCGUGCCAUCCAUGAGAACGACCUCCCCGCCACCGUCGACCGCCUGCAGGUGCUGGCACGUGCAUCACCCACGGACAAGCUUCAGCUGGUGCGAGCGCUCAAGGAGAUGGGGCAUGUGGUGGCCGUCACAGGCGAUGGCACCAACGACGCCCCUGCGCUGCACGAGGCGGACAUAGGCCUAGCAAUGGGGCAGUGCGGAACAGAGGUGGCAAAGGAGAGUGCAGACAUCAUCAUUCUGGACGACAACUUUGCAUCCAUCGUGCGCACCGUCGUGUGGGGGCGCUCUGUGUUCGCCAACAUUCAGCGCUUCCUGCAGUUCCAGAUCACAGUCAACUGUGUCGCGCUCACCCUCAACUUCAUCUCCGCGGUCGUUACUGGCGAUGCUCCGCUCACUGCUGUGCAGAUGCUCUGGGUAGACCUGAUUCAGGACACCCUAGGAGCGCUCGCCUUGGCCACAGAGCCCCCGUCCGACAAGCUGCUGGAGCAGCCGCCUGUGGGGCGCAGCCAGGAGCUGGUGUCGGCCGCCAUGUGGCGCAACAUCAUUGGGCAGACGGUGUACCAGCUGUCGCUGCUGUGCGUGCUGUGGUUCAAAGGCAUGGAGCUGCUGCAGCUGCCGGGGCCCCCAGGCGUGCCGAGGGUUAUUGCCAAGGGCGGCGAGGAGAUCUCUGAAGGGGAGAAGCAGCUGGUCACUAUCAUAUUCUCCUCUUUCGUCUUCAUGCAGAUAUUCAACCAGCUGAACUCGCGCAAGCUGGAGGAGUGGAACGUGUUUGAGGGGCUGCUCGUCAACCGCCUCUUCAUCCUCAUCGUCUCCAUCGAGCUCUCCGUGCAGGUGCUGCUGGUGGAGCUGCUGGGCCAGUUCGCAGGCUGUGUGCGGCUGACGCUGCUGCAGUGGGCGCUGUGCUUCGCCCUGGGGGCUGGCUGUGUGCCCUUUGGCAUGCUCUCCAAGCUCAUCCCCCUGCCAGGAAAACGCCAUGCUCGGAAGAAGAUACUUUUUGGCCGGAACGCCAACCAGGGCUUCGAGCGCCUAGAUGAAGCCCAAUGA